AUGGGGGACUUAGGCGCUGUUGCAGCGUCGAUACCGCACUAUAUUCCCGUACUGAUCGUCGGUGGAGGAGCAGUUGGUCUUACUGCAUCACUACUGCUUGCCCGACACGGAAUCAGAUCAUUGAUUGUUGAACGACACAGAGCCCGUCUACCACAACCCAAGGCGCAUGCUGUCAACCCACGGUCAUCCGAAAUCCUUCGCCAGAUAGGAUUUGAUGUGAGCGGUCUGAGAGGAAAAGGAGCUCCAGUUGAAGAAUCGGAAUGGGUCAACUUUGUCACCACCUUAUCUGGGGUCCUAUUGACCAGAAUCCCCUAUGAGCGACAGGAUACGCAGGUUCGGAAAGUUACUCCUGAACCUCUGUUCAAUGUCCCCCAAUAUAUCCUUGAGAGUGCUUUGGAGGAAGCAGUAUUGCGGAGCGAGUUGGUUCAGAUUCACCGCAACUGCAGUUGGAACUCUUGGAAGAUCAACGACCAGCAUCUCGUUGAAUCUUCGAUCACACAACGAUCAGACGGCCAAAAUCACAGCAUCAAAUCUGAUUUCGUUGUAGGUGCAGAUGGUACGGACUCAACGGUUCGGAAAACACUGACUAAUGUCAGCUGGGCUGGUUUGCCAGGACAGAACUGCGAGAAGCUUUGGUUCGUGUCUAUCUGCUGUCGGGGCGAUCUAUUAUCGCUUGUCUCUGAGCUCGGUAGACCAGGGCAGCUAUACUUCAGCUGUCUGCCCCUGGUCAAGGGUACUUUGAUAGCCCACGAUCUCUCAAGUAACUGGGUUCUCAUUAGACGGGUGGAUCUCGAUGUGGAACCACCGAGCAGUUUCACUCAGGCUAGGUGUCAAGAGCUUGUUGACGAAUUCAUAGGGAAAAAACUGGACUAUGAAAUUGUCGCCGCUAAUUCAUGGUUUACAGAACCUCGUAUAGCAUCUUCAUACUCUUCGGCCGAUCAUAAAAUCUUCCUUGCUGGAGAUGCUGCGCAUUCGUUCCCUCCAACUGGAGGUCUGGGCAUCAACACUGGAAUGGCGGAUGUACACAAUCUUUGUUGGAAGCUCGCUUACUCGCUUCAGGGUAAAUCACAGAAUCCUGGUCGAUUGCUCGAAUCAUAUAGUUCCGAGCGACGACCAAUCGCCAUUGCCAAUGCACAACAAUCGUGGCACAACUCUCUGGUCUGGUUCGAAUCUAUGGAGAAUCUUUCGAGAGAUCUUGAACCAGAUUUACCAAUCGACGAGAUCGAGAACAGGUUGCAAAACCCGGCAUUCCUGGCGGCAGCAAGGGAGGCCCUGGAGGCCAAUCGACUUCACUUCGACUCAUUAGGCCUCCAGAUCGGAUAUGCAUACGGUCAACCGGACUGCGCUGUUCGAUUAAGGGAAGAUUGCUCCCGAUAUGAACCAUCCAUUAAAUCAGGAUAUCGCUUGCCUCAUUCGUGGCUGGUAGAUGGAAGAUCAUCCUUGGAUUUGAUAUCUGACACCGAUAUCACAUUACUGGUACGAGAGAGUGUAGACUCGGACGCUGAGAACAAGAUCACCAUAGCCACAAACUACCCUUUCUCCGUGAUCCUCCAAUCAGCAGGUAAAGGAGACGCCGACAAACUUUUGGAAUAUCUAGGUCUAGACGUUGGUGAAGGACUCUUGAUUCGGCCUGACCAGCAUAUUGUGGGAAAGGUCCGCUCUGCUCAAGAUGUCGUCGGCUUAUUGAUGAAUUCAUUUUAA